AUGCUCUUCCUCUCCAGUAAUGGCAGUGCUGGCUCGAGCACAAGCUUCAGCUUGAGCUACUCCAAGCACUCCGCCGCCGCCGCACCUGCGCGGCCACUCUCCCCCCUCUCUCCAGAUGUCCCCGCGACAGAUGCACCGAAUGCUAGUGUCAAUACUCCCAGGAGCUUGCGGCAGAGGUCCGGCACUCACAGCAAAAAGCGCUCCUCUGCUGCGGACUUCACACUCCCUCCUCCACCCACCCGUGCGCGGAAGAUCAUUCAAAUGAAGCCCAAAACCCAGACCCAGACCCAGACCCAUACUCAGCAGGCAGCGCCACGGGGUGCUGCUGCCGCUACCGCUACCGCUGCGGGUCCAGAGGGAAAGACCAAGGGCGAAUCUCAUGGUGCUGGUGGUGCGGGAUCCAAGAAGAAACAGGGCAAUGGCCCGACCACCGCAGCGGGGCGCAAAAUUGCGCGCAAGACGGCGCAUAGCCUGAUUGAGAGGCGGAGGAGGUCGAAAAUGAACGAGGAGUUCGCGACACUGAAGAACAUGAUUCCUGCUUGUCGAGGCCAGGAGAUGCACAACAUUGACUAUAUGAACUACCUGGAGCAAUGCUUGAAGGAUCUCAAGGCUGCAAACCGCAAUGGUCACAGCAGUGACAGAACGGACUCUUGCGGCCCAUCCACCUCGUCCACCCCGUGCGCCAACUCGGUGACCAGAACGCGAAACUGCUCGCUGAGCGUCGAUCGCGAAUAUUGCUCCUCCUCCUUACCCUCUCCAUCACGAUCUCCAUCCCCCGCUCCCUCCAAAGAACCGCUACACACCAACCAACCCGCCUUCCGCAAUGGAAACAGCACGACAGCCUCCCCAAGCAUCCACCCGGGAAAUACCAACACCCACGCCCAUGGGUAUUAUGAGCAUGAAUACGAACAUGAACAAACCCACCAACUCCACCGCAACCUCCCACGCUUCACGCACGCCUACCCUCUUCUUCCCAGCCCUGCUCUCCUCCCGACCUCCUCCGCCUCCUCCUCCUCCUCCUACGACAUCACGUUCCCCCCCAUAGAUCCACACCUACACCAAACCCGGCUCGAAACCAGUCUCCCCCCGGGUCCGCCCCCCCUCACACAUGCGGCACAGAUACCAUCUUCCGCUUCCGUGCCCUCUUCGUCCGCAUCCACCACCACCACCACCUCCUCCUCCUCCUCCUCCUCCACGUCCUCAACCUCAUCAUCCUCCGCCGCGACAAGCGCGAACCCAUCCCCCGUCAUCGUCGCGCAGGAUACCCACCACCACCACCACCAACACCACCGUCACCAUCUGGAUAUGGACCACGAGGCGACGGCGGCGCUGUUGAUGUUGAAUGUUGAUCGGAGAGGGGCUGGGGUCGGUGCCGGUGCCGGUGCCGGUGCUGGUGCUGGUGGUGAGGACACGGGGGUAAUGGGGGUGGAUGCGGGAGGGGCCGGAGCGGCGAGGCGGAAGCACGGCGGGAUGAGUGUGCGGGAUUUAUUGAGUCAUUGA